AUGGCCUCGGAUUUUCUUUCGCCAUCACCGAGUUCAGACUCUACCACGACUCUUGUAAAUACAGUAUCUCCAUCUUUCACAAUAAUAUCACCAACGAAUCAAUCUACAGCCAUUGCAAUAGCAGUCAUUUUCUUUUUUACGCUUAUUAUUGGAAUAUUUGCGAUUCUUUGUACUAUAUCCAUAUUUCAUAGGCACAAGAGUCGAACAUUUAUAAGAAAUAACACAGAAAGUGACAACAACAAUGACUUAGAUGAUAAUGGUUCUAAUAAUUUAAACACUGAUGAUGAUAGGUCGGUAGCUACACGGGAAAUAUCUCUAGAUAUAAUAGAAGAAAAUCGGAUGGGCUUUUUACAUACACCAACCACACAAGAACUAGAAGAAGAAAAUAUAAUAACACCGAAUCGAGAACAUUUUAUUGUAAACCGACCGGAAUUUCUACCAGAAAGAAGUAGACGUCCAUUUAGAGGAAGAGGAAGAUUUCAAAGAGGAUUGACCGUUGAUUUUCCGUUAGCUCAACCGGAUUAUUUUGGUCUAGAUUUUGGCGGAAUAGGACCCGAUGGAACUAGAGGUGAGGCUAGUAAUAGAAGGAGAAGGGAGAGUGAAGGUGUAUUAAGAUUUGAAAUGCGGGAGUUUCGAACUAAUAGGAGCGACCACAAAAGGUACAGCCUAUAA